AUGGGCCUCAAAAGCUUGCUGGUGCUAAGCCCGCCUCUGCUGCUCGCACGCGGGCUCUGGGCAGCCAAGGUGUCUACAGAGCGGGCUUCGUCGCAGCGCGAGGAGAGUAUCGCUCCACAGCGACUGCUGAAUUUGCAAAACCCGGACUUCCAGCCGGCGUCCUCCAGCUUUCUCAGGAAUGCUCCAAGGCAGGAUAAAUUGCGCGGAUACCUGGAUCUUCCUAACUCGUCCAGCAAUGCUUCUGAUGCGGCAUUAGUUCCGCUGGAGCCUGCCAAGGCGGAAGAGAUCUUCGAAGAGCCCAGAAAGGUCAUGGGCGUUGCGCUGAAUGGCGAGAGCGACAUGCGAACACUCAACACCUCCCUGGUCCUCGGCACAGUGGGUGCUGCAGGAGUGAUCUUCGCAUUUGCAGCACUGCAAGUUCUCCUCCCCCAAGUUUAUCAGAGAUCGUCCAAACGCAAAUCGAUCAAAGACACAGAUGCCACUGAAGAGUACCACCUUCAGGUACCUACAGGGAUGCGCUGGCUGGACUCCUUGUGGAAGGUGUGGAACACGACGCCGGAUGACGAAGUCCGCUUGGCGGGACUUGAUGGCUGGUCCCUGCUGGAGUUUGUGCGGCUCAACCUGCGCAUCAUGUCCAUCCUGGGCCCCUUCAUGCUAGCAGUGCUGCUUCCGCUGCACUUCGUAGCCAGCCGCGAGUCCCACAACACUCUGGACUUCUUGAGUCGGCUGGACAUCGGCAACCUGCCCAGGAACAGCUGGAUGCUCUGGUUCCACGCAGCUGUGGUGUGGUUCGUGGUGACAAUUAGCGCCUGGCAGAUCAAGCUGGCACAUGAUGGGUUCACAGAACGCCGGUAUCAAUGGCUCGCAACGCUGCCUAGGCCCCGAUCGACCACGGUGAUGGUGCGCAACAUCCCCCCCAUGUACCGCUCCGACAGUGCGCUGAAGGAGUAUUUCGACACAGUUUUCUCAGAAGAGACUAUGCAGCACACCGUGGAGCGUGCUUAUGUAAUCCGCAGAACAGGCAGGCUGCCGCAAUUAGUGCAGCAGCUCCGUGCUGCUCGCUAUGAUGCGGCCGUCCUCUCCAAUCGCAUAAACAAGGUGCGGCAGCAGGGGGCAACCGAGGAUGGGGGCCAGGAGCUGGAGCUGGAGAAGCAUAGGCUCGCCAUUGCCAAUCUCAGGAGCCGCGUGGCACGAGAGCAAGCGGCCAUCGAAGCAGCAGCACAGGGCCCACGGCCGGACCAGAAGGUUGGCUCUUCUUCAGGCUUUGUGACCUUUACGACCAUCCUGUCACAACGGCUUGCGUCCCGCGAGCAAUGCACGCGUGAUGUGCAGGCCUUCAGGAUGUUUAUGGCCCCGGACUCGAACGAUGUUCUGUACGAAAACUUAGCAGAGGACGACAUCAAUGCAUCCUCCUGGAAAUGGCUGGGCAGACUUGCCCUAGUCGCAGUGUUCCUGUUCUGGAUCCCCAUCGUGGUGGCCAUUUCUGGAUGGACCACACUGAGCUCAAUCCAGGGCACUGUGCCCAUUGUCAAAAAGUUUGUGGAUGCCCACCCCGCUAUCGGCAAUCUGCUCUCCGGCGUUCUGGCGACAGCGGCCUUGAAGAUGUUCAUGGCCUUCCUUCCGAACGUGCUGCACGCCAUCAUCACUACUACUUCCCACCUCAAAGCUGGCAGCGUUGAGCAGCUCAAGCUGCAGCAGUGGUCUGCAGCCUUCCUCCUGCUUUUCGUGGUCCUGGUAACCUCGCUCGGGCGAGGACUUACCAUUACAUUCAUCAUCAUCAUGCAGGAGCCGGCGAAGAUCAUCAGCCUGCUCGCUGCAUCGCUGCCCUCGGCUUCCCACUUUUACUUCAACUACGUGAUCCUGGGAUGGCUGGUGCUCCCGCUGGAUCUGCUCCGCACCGGAAACCUGGCCAAGUGGUUUUUCUACCGCAAGGUUUGUGCCUUUGAGGAGGAGGAAGCCAAAGAGUACUCCGAGCCGGAGGAUGUAGCCUACUAUGGCUUGGGCUCCAGAAUGGCCCGAUCUUUGUUGAUGGCUUCCAUCUUCUUCUUGUUUGCUUCCUGCUCGCCCUUGAUCUUCGUCUUCACUUGGGUAUACUUCUUCCUCGCCCAAUUUGUUUACGGCUACCUCCUGCUGUUCUGCGAGAGUAAGAAGCCCGACACCGGUGGCAUUUUCUGGGUUCAGGCCAUGGAUCAGCUUUUUAUUGUGCUGGCGAUCUACGUGAUGCUUAUGGUCGGUGUCCUUCGAGCCCUCACAAAGGAGGACAUCUGGCUUGGGCCUCCUGCUGCUGCAUUUGCAUCACUGCUGGUUCUUUACAUGGCAAGGCGAGAGGUCAACAACUUGGCCUUCGAGACCUUGCCCUUGGAGGAGGUUGUCAAAGCUUUCCGCGACAGCAAGGAGCUGCGGCUCUUCUUCACUGUGUCUGAGCCGAAGGACAAGCAGCGCAGUUGGGAUUUGGGCGGUGGUUCCUUCAAGGACCGACAGGCUUGGAUAAAGCGAAAAGUUGCACCGCUGCCAGCUAUGGUUGGCACCCCGCUUCCUGGGCUCCUUCACCAGCAGAAAUUGAUGAAAAACACCUGGUCAGCAUCUGGAAGCCAGGGGCAAGCGAAGCUCCUGCAGCAUCUCCUCGCCGAUGUCUCCGCAGCACUUAUCGUAGGUUUUGGACUCGCGAUUAUCCUUGCGCCGAUUGAUCUGGCCAUGCUCCGAGCAGGUAAACCAGAGUCGCCCGGCGUCUUGAUCACGCUCGGCUCCGUGUUCCAAGAUUGCAUUCUGUGCCCAGAGCUUGUGCUCCCAGCCGUCGCUUGGACUUGGUUCCUGUUCUCCGGUACAUACGGCACGGCCAACGCCACACGCACGCUCUGUGAUUGGGCGGGCUGGCGUCCAGAUGUUAUGGUGUGGCUGUGUACUACGACGGUGAACUGCAUUGUCAUGUGCUUGAAGGAUGCAUACCUGACUGGUGGUAGCCUCGUGCCCCCCAGUGCUGCCAUAGUGGCAUGGGUGGCACGGGACCUGAUCUUCUCGCUCGUUGUCUUCGUUCUACCAGACAAGAUCACUGGCAACCUUAGGGAGAAGGGCAUCACAACGAUACGUGGUUUCCAGGUUCAGGACGUGGUUCAGAUUUUGCUGCCCCUUCCGCUGCAGCUCUUCACUACUCCGCUUCACUUUCUAGGCAUCUCCUUCGUCGCCCAUCCCGGGGCAUUGGGUGCUUCGGUGCGCCUCGCAGCCGCCUUCCGGGAGUUCGGCCUCCGUGUGGGCAUCCGCUGCGCGCGUGUGCUGGUGCCAUAUUGCUUCGGUGCAGUGGUCAAUCGCAAGUUGAGGACCUACUUCGCGAAGGUCCGUUCGUCGGAAGCAUCGGAGGCCUUGACAGGCACCAGCGGCGGUUCGGAGUUUUCUCCUCGCUCUGGGCGAGCCUCGCUUGGACGUGCUUUGCUGCUGCUCUCGGCCCUGUACCUCUUGCAAGGGGCCCAUCUCUUCCGGUGGGCUCUUCUUCUACCAGCAGUGAUGAUGGUGACGCGGUUGCCCGCAGUUCGAUCGCCGAAGGCUUUCUUCAUUCCGCUGGCGACCGUGGAAGCAGAGAGAGGGCACGGAGGGCCCGAGCCGUGA